UUCAAUUCGAUUCAAUUUUUUAUAGUAAAGAAAAUAAUGAGUUCUUGUUCUAUUGGGAUUGAACUAAAGUUAGAUUGUCAUAAAAAUACAUUCUGUGGUCAGUCUGAAAUUUUGGAAAUGUUAAAUGAGGAAAAAUACUUGCUGACCUUAAGAACUGGAAUAAAAAACAAUAAUCUGCAUACAAUUAGUACUCAUCAUAGUCUACAAUUUAUUAAAUACUAUCCAACAUUUCAUAAGUCAUGCUGUGACCCUUUCUUAAUUCAUUCAAAGAUUGUUAAAGGAAAUCUGACAACUGUCACUUUGGAGCAUAAUUAACUUAACUCUGCUUUAAUUCCUGGGGAAAAAAUAUGUUUUAGUUGCGUUAGAAAACUCAAGAAUGUUGAAGCAGUUGAGGCGAGAAAAGAUCCAGAUUAUGUAUUACCUGAUAACUCUGUUUUACAAGUUGAUAACCUAAAUCCUUGUCUUAUAAAAUUUGGUUUUUUGCCAAUUAAAAGAUCAUUAAGCAUGAGCAUGUUACAAUAUGACAAAUAAAAAAAAAAGUUAAGGUGUUAAAUGAGUCUUUGAAUUCAUUUGAAGAAGAAGCGUUACAAAUUGCUACGCUUAAAAUCUCCUUUUAGAUUAUCUAGUAGAACAGCUAAAACAAAAGUUUCAUAAUGAGAAUAGUAUUUCAAAGAAAAUAAAAUUACUCACCUUAGUUCCUGUCCAUUGGACCAUUCAGGAAACAAUAAAUGAAUUUAAAACAACACAAUAUAUGGUAAAGUAAGCAAGAGCUUUGCAGGACAAUAAAGGAAUCCUUGGUGAAAGAUCAACUGACAUAAGAAAUCCAAAAAAAUUGACUUCCGAAGUUAUAAAUCAAAUUGUCAACUUUUAUAAAGAUGAUAGUAAUAGCAGAUUAUUGCCAGGUGCAAAGGAUUAUAUUAGCAUAAAAACAGUUGAAGGCAGAAAGCACAUUCAGAAGAGACUCAUAUUAUGUAAUCUUUCAGAACUAUAUCAAAAAUGGAUAGAAGAAUCAAAUUCUAAUGAUAUGUUUAAGGUGGGAUUAACAUCAUUUGCUCUUUUAAGGCCAAAACACUGUGUACUUGCUGGAAAAUCUGGCACCCAUACCGUCUGUGUUUGUAUCCACCAUCAAAAUCCAAAUCUAAUGGUAAAAGCAUUUAAAAAUGAAUUAAAGUUAAAAGAACUGAUGGCUUUAGCUGUAUGCUCAUUAGAAAAUAAAGAAUUAUGUUUCACGAGUGUAAAAACUGUCCCGGAAAAGAAAGAAUUGAAAAAGUUUAAUGAUCUGGUUGGCGAUUCAGCAAAUGAAAUAACUUAUAAACAAUUGUUGAAAACUGAUAGAUACUCCUUAGAAACAAUAGUUAAAAACCUUGAUGAGUUUCUUGAAGAGUUAACAAACAACUUAUAUGAACUCACAAAAUAUUAUUAUGUCAGCAAAUCUCAGACAUACUUUUUAAAACAGUUAAAAGAAAACCUGAAAGCAAAUGAAUGUAUUAUACAAAUGGAUUUUGCUGAAAAUUUGUCAUUUGUCAUACAGGAUGAAAUUCAGGCAUCAUAUUUUUCUAAAAAUCAGGCAACUCUUCAUCCAUUUAUUAUAUAUAUGAGAUCUUUAAAUGGAAACCUGACCCUAGAAAGCAAAUGUUAUUGCAUUAUAUCAGAAAAUCUGAUUCACAAUACUGAGGCAGUCUUCACUUAUGUUUCAAAAUUCGUAUUUAUUCUGAAAGAAGAAUAUCCAAAUAUUCAAAAGAUUCAUUAUUUCACUGAUGGUGCAGGCAGCCAGUAUAAAAAUAGGUUUAAUUUGAAAAACCUUUGCUUUCAUGAAAAAGACUUCAGACUGAAAGCAGAUUGGCAUUUUUUUGGCACUGCACAUGGAAAAAGUGCAUGUGACUGAGUAGGUGGUACACUGAAAAGAGUAAUUAACAAGCUGUCCCUCCAAAGGCCAAUUGGAAAUCAAAUUUUGACACCAAAGGACAUGUUUUUAGUUGCUAAAGAAAGUUUUAAAAACAUCAGAUUUCUCUAUAUUUCUGAAAACGAAACAGCUGUUAACACUCAUGAAGUUCUUGCUAAACGAUUUGAGAAUGUUCCUGCUAUCAAAGGAACCCGCUCAUAUCAUUGUUUUUCACCUUUAUCGUGUUGUUUAAAAGCUUAUGUAACAUCAAUGAGCACAACAUUUGACAUUUUUCACAUGCUGGAAGAUACUUGCAUUAAUACACAAAACUGUUGACAUCAAUAUUGUUGAUUGGGUAUUAGCGCAUUAUUUUGGUGAAUUUUUUCCUGGAAAGGUGAUAGAUGUUAAAGAUGACUACAUAUCUGUCAGCUGUUUACAUAAAGCUGGCAAUUAUUUCAAAUAUCCAAAAACACCAGAUAUCCAUUGGUAUCCAGUUAAUGACAUUAUUGCCACAUUACAUGAGCCUGAGCUCCAAAACACAAGAGGAUUUUACUCCUAUUUAAUAAAAAACAAGAUUAAAUAAAUUAUACUGCAUUAAUUGUUUUGAAUUAGCAACUAAUUAUCAAUUAAAAAGUAAAAACCAAACCUUAUAAUAAAAGUGGUUUCUAACAA